AUUGAUACAAAAAAAAAAUUUAAAAAAAUUAAAAAACCUAAAAAGCAUGCCUAUGUAGUAAUUUUCCUACUAAUGAAUAGUUUAGUGUGGAUAAAUCAUGCAUGAUAACAUUUACAAUUACUCAUUAUUGAUGCGAGUGUUUUUAACUGAGCUACGUUUUAGGAAACAGGCAUAAACGAUCAUUAAAUGACCUAAAAGAACAAUAGCAACUAACCAUCCAUCUUUUUUUUUUCUCCCUGGCAGCAUAGAAUUUAUUUUUGAUAUUUUCUAAAUAUUAAGCAUCAUAAUUCAUACCAUACACAGCAGUCCAGCUGUAUAUGGUGAUGUUUUCCCCCCAAAAGCCUUUGUUUUUCUGUUUCAGCCUUCUUGACUGGUCAUAGCCUACAUCUUACAGAGGCAUCUGAUUCUCACAGUGCAAAUGAGCUACUACCAUGACUGCAGAUUAGCAGCACGUAAACGAUGAUGUGUAUUUCUUAUUGGUCCACACAGCCACUGCAGAGCCAACUCUGUAGCAGCUCUGCAAGAUAUGUGCUGAGCCCUCUUCCACGUCCCCUUUUAAAACCCAUUCAAUGAGCCAUCUUUCCUCAACUUUCAGGAGAUUUUAAAUUUUUUUAAUGAAUCAGUGUGAAACAAGCAGAUGCUGGGAUGUUAUAUCUCUGCCAUAUGAGAUAUCUCACAAGGAACGCCCAUUCACACUCCAGGAAAAGGACCCCUCACCUCAAAUAUAUUUUUUUUUUUUACAGAGAAAGCACAUACAUGCUUCCUUCAAAGCAAGCAUAUAUGUGCAGCAGGACCAGUUUUCCCACUACCCCCAUCCCCUGUCACCCUGCUGGCCCCCCUCUAAUAAACUCAGUUUGGAUUCAUGCAUCCUGACCGCCACCUAAAGAGAUCCAUGAAUUCAGAUUCAAUGCUCGCAUCAACUUUACGCACUGCUUUUUCACCAAGCCUCUAUGGGAGAGAGGCGGGAACAAGCUGCACAACAGACACCAGUGGGCUCAGCGGCCGCCAUUUUGCCUCAUUCUUGUCUGCACAAGUGGGGAGACGGUGGGGGAGAGACUGCAAAAGUGCACAACAGUUUAGCCGAGUCAAAGGGGACGAGACCGGAAAUUGGACCGGCCCCGUUAAUUUCUUCGAUGAUGGAUCUCUGAAGCCUGCCAGAAAUGGAAGGAAAAGAUGUUACCGUCAGAAUAAUCAGCCAGAUUCACAGAUCUCCGUAAUAAUCACACCCUGCCUAGCUGAUAUUAAGAAGAAAAAAUUACGCUCUCAAAGGUAUUUGGAAAAUUAUGGCGGCGCGUUUGAAUUCAACUCAACGACUUGCAGAGAGCUCCGACAGGAGAUUAUGGACGUCAAAGUCCUGACAAUGGUAAAAACCUCAGAGUUGUUCGAAAGAUGGCGAAAUCUGCAGGUCUGCAAAUGGGAGCAGAACAAAGAAGAGACCAGCAACUUUAGGAUGUCUCUGUCCCGCUGCUGUAAUGCUCCAUCCUUUUUGUUCACCACCAAGAGAAAUACUCCUGCCGGGUCCAAGCUGAGGUAUGAGGUGGACACCAGUGGCAUCCUCCCUAUUACCUCAGAGAUCUUCAAGAUGUUCCCAGAUGAUAUGCCAUAUUCCAAAUCCCAGUUCAAAAAAUGUGCUGUUAUUGGAAAUGGAGGUAUCAUCAAGAACACCAAAUGUGGAAAGGAAAUCGAUUCAGCCGAUUUUGUUCUCAGAUGCAAUGUACCACCGAUCAAAGAGAAAUACUCAGCAGAUGUGGGCACAAAAACAGACCUGGUGACCAUAAAUCCAAGCAUUAUCACAGAAAGAUUUCAGAAGCUAGAGAAAUGGCGGCGUCCAUUCUACGAAGUUCUCCAGAACUAUGAGAACUCAUCAGUGGUGCUACCUGCCUUUUACAACACCCGCAAUACUGAUGUUUCUUUUCGAGUCAAGUACAUGCUGGAUGAUUUUGACUCCCAGAGAGGCGUGUUCUUCUUUCAUCCGCAGUAUCUCCUUAAUGUACAGCGUUUCUGGGCGGUGCAGGGCGUCAGAGCAAAACGCCUUAGCAGCGGCCUAAUGCUUGUGACUGCUGCCUUGGAGCUCUGCGAAGAGGUCCACCUCUACGGUUUCUGGGCGUUUCCAAUGAACCCUGCAGGAAUCUUCAUCACUCACCAUUACUAUGACAAUGUAAAGCCCAGGCCUGGCUUCCACGCUAUGCCUCAUGAAAUAUUUAACUUCAUUCACAUGCACACCCGUGGGAUUAUCAAUGUACAUACGGGGCGCUGCUCAUGAUCUAUCCUUUUUCUGCUUUUUAAAUGAACCUGUUUUUCUUCAUUAGGCUAGUACACUUGGCAAUGGGAGUACAAACUCAUUUGCUUUAAUUAGUUCAACAAUAUGGUGAAGAUUGCUUGCUUGGACACAUUUCUCUUUUCAAAGAUCCUUUACUGCUGUCAUGUCACUGUGGCAAUUUCUGCGUCUCUAUCUAUAGGAUGCUUGUCUUUCAUUUUAAAAAUUGAUCUUCAGAAAAUGGUUGUCUGUGAUGUUUUUAAAGUGGCCCCACUGUACUUGAUUACACAGGUAUUUCUGCUUACAUGGGGCCUCACUGGGGAUUUGUUUGUGCCCCGUCUCUUAACUUUCUCUUGGACAGUCUGUGGGUGUGGCAGCUUAAUGUUUGUGUCAAACAAGCUUGGACACUGGUUUUAUUAAAUGAAUAUCUGAAUAUACAACUGUAACAUCUUCUUGUCUACUUUUGUAAACUAUUUCCUAUUCAGCAGAAUGACAGUGUAAGUAUUUUCACAUUCUAUUCAAAGAGGCCUGUUCUCAUUGACCUUGUUUCUCCCUGUAAAAAAUACCCCAAUAUUUAUCAUGAGACACUGUUGUGUGUUUGUUUUGGUUUAGGGCAAGAACUUUUACUAGACUGCUGUGAAACAAUCCAGCUGUUGAUCUUGUCUUAAGCCAAUUUUGCCUUAUGAGAUCUCAAACCCCACUGGACAUUAUGCGAUGCACCCUUGUGCCCUCCUGUACAAUGAAUUUACCAUUGAAUGAAAUGUAAGUUUGUCUCUUGUAUUAAACAACAUUCUAGACUUGCUAUAAUGUAAAAACAAAUGUGUCCUUCUUGGCUCAUAUGAUCAAUAACGCAGUAAUUUGCCCCUUUUUUUUUUCUUUGCAAUAAAAAAUUUUUUUUUUUUUGGAUGUUGUUUUAUUUUUGAACUGUAUAGACUUGCUUUGCAUUUGUAAAAAAAAACUCACAUUUUACUGCUGUUCGAUUUUACACUGUUUUUUGUACUUUAUGAAGAUUAGAUAGCUGUAAUUUUUUGUUUUGCUGCCACAUUAUUUAAGCUAAGCUGAAAACCUGUUGGUUUUCUUUGAAGUUAAACAUUUUUAUAAUUUUAAUGGACUUCUUCAGUAAUUAACGCUCACAAAUAAAGAGUUAAUGAAGCCAAAAUGGACUUCAGAAUAAGUUUGCUUGAAAACAAUCAUGACUGAUUCAAGCAUGAAAACAUGGUCUGUGUAAUGCAAUGAGGUGUACUGUAUGUUGGCAUUUACAGUGCUUCUUAAC